UCCUUUAAAUGCUCACAAAAUCCGAAAACCCCAACUUCCGUAUAGCGUAGCACCACGACAAUCGCAAAUGGCGGAGAAAAUCAGCGGAAGCAACCUCAAGAGCGCAGCCGUGACGAUGAACAGCCAUUUGGAGAUGAAUAAACCGGACAGAAAUGUGUGGCUGAUGAAAUGCCCUACCCUUGUCUCCACAUUCUUCCAGCAACAUCUACAUUCUUCUUCAACUCCUCUUAACAUUGACAAUGACGGCCUCUCUUCCUUUGUUUCUCCUGCGCCUGUCGCUAAAGUCGUCGUCGCCGUUGAUCCUCUCCUCUCCAAUGAUGCUACUCAGUUUACCAUGGAAUUGGCUGGCACUUCAUCUGGAAACAUGCCCACUCUCUACUCCAUGGACAUGUCUACAGAUUUUGUUCCGAUGUCUAUAUUUUCCGAGUCAGCUCAAGGAAGGCUUUCUGUGGAAGGAAAGAUAUACCAAAAAUUUAAUAUGAAGCCUCAUCAUGAAAACAGUGAGAACUAUGGAAAAUUAUGCCGUGAACGGAUCAUGCACUUAAUGUUGUAG